UGUCAAUAUGGCGCACACGUUUGCAAAAAAACCGUAAAAAACAAUGCGUCUUUAAACAAAUUUUAAUUCCUUUCUCUGGCUUUUAUCGUACGAUAUCAUGCGCUGUUUGAAGACGCGAACCGUACUCGGUCUUCUAACAGCGGCAUGGCUUAUAGGAGUGGUUUACUUUCUCAGUGAUAUAAGAAGCCCUGAACAGUCGACUCAUGACGGAGACUCGUAUUUAGAAGACUAUGACAAAUUUAUUGAUAAUAAUGAUUUUCACGGAAGAAACACUGCUCCACUUGAUGAUCUAAGGGUAAGCCAUAAGUGGUUUUAUGAUUUAAAAGUAUUGUAGUUUAGAAAUUGCGUGUUAAUUCAAAAUAUAUUGACUAUUGUAAUGAUACAAUAGGAUGCAGAUAAUUUUUAAUAUAAAGUUUAUAUAAAAAAAUAUAUAAUAAUAUACUGUAUGUGAUUGUGUAUGUAUAAUUAACUUUUGGUAUUGAAAAUUGUAACAAAAUUUCUUGUCAGUUUGUUUGAAAAAGGAAUUAUUAAUUGAAGUUUACGAUUCUCCAAUAUACCAAUGGGUUGUAUUCUAAUUCUUCAGUGACCAUGAAUUGAAGUACCGUAUAUGACUCAAUAUUUGUGAGUGACAAAUAUUAUAUUACACCUAAUGUCUGCUCCCGAGGGAAAUAGUUAAUUUUACUAAUUAGUUACUAGUUUCCCAAGGGAACAAGUAUUUUGUUAUAGAGUGAUGAAAGAAAAAUCAACAUUCAUACAACAAUUCAUUGUGUGUCAUGACAAAAACUCUAUAGUGUAAACAACUUUAAUUAAAAUUAAAAGGACCUCCUUAAUUAAACGGUUUCAGGCUACUUUCAGCAAUAUAACAUGUUGGCUGUUUUGUAUUUUUCUUCUCUUUUAAAUUUUUUAUUUUAACACAAACUUGAAAAAUCGUAGUUUAUAACCGUAGUUUAUAAACUUGUGUGUUGUACCACCAUUUUGUUUCUCGAAGAGACUACAGUAGAUAACUGGCAGUCACUUCAUAAUUAUUUUGUAGAAAUAUAAAAACUUUAAUUUGCAUUAGCUUUUAGCAAACUUGCUGUUAGUGUAUACGACAAAGUCCCUGCGUGCGGAAAGUGAAACACAGUCCGGGUUGGAUUCGUUGUGGAGUGUGUUUUGUCUGUUAAAAUUAAAAAAUAUUUUCUGCCUUUUCUAACUCUGAAAAGGUUAGGGUUAGAGAAGAGUUUGGGGUUGAGAUUGUUUAUCUUAUAAAACUUCAACUUUAACUAUAGUCACUAUAUAGCCGGCAGUUUACUAACACCCUUGGUUAACAAACUAUGACAAUAACAAAUUUAAAAUUUCUAUGUUCCAAGUUAUUGAACAAUGUACUGUACAUGACAUGUUUGCUCACCUGUUACUGAAAUAAACACAGGACCUCUUUGAUGUAUAGACAUGAUAAUAUCUCACAAUACAUCAGGGCUCAAAAUAACAGGACAUAGGUCUUCGGUCAAAAUGACCGAUCAACUUGAUUUUAGCGCUGUCAAAAUCUGUUUUUGAUCGGUCAUUGAUACGCUUACACUAACAGUGAAACAAACUAUUAGAAACUUGUUUCGAUGUAUCAUACAAUACUAGUUUCAUGUUUUAAUUCAAGACGUCGGCAAUCACAUUGGAAGGCAUGAAAAUGUGGCCGGUCAAAAUGACCGGUGAGGUAAAAAAGUGACCAGUCAAGAGGCAUUUAUGGCCGGUCAUUGUCCGCUGACCGGCCGUUAUUUUGAGCCCUGUACAUACAGUUUAUUUAGUCUUUAAAGCUGCGUAAAUAUCAGGGAGUAUUAUAGUUUAUUCAGUCUUUCAAAGUUUAUUCAGUCUAAAUAUCUGGGACUUACAGUACUUCAAAGCUGGCACUGUGACCAGAUUUUUCCAGCAUUAUUACUAAACUUUCUGUUCACAAUUUAUUAAAUGAAGAAAAAUGAAAUUAAUUUUGCCCCCACCUAAUACACACCAUCAUGAAGACCCUGGGGAAGAGGUUGAUCAAUAUAAGUUUGAAUAAGUAUUAGCUUAAUGUACUGUAGGUAAUGUUUUUGUCAGUACCGUAACAAUAGUACAAUCAUGGCUUUUACAAGGCAAUUAGGAUGAUUAGGCUAACCAGAAAACCCAAUAAUUUCCUAUUCCUUUUUCGAAAUUAGUGGGUUUUAGGCUAGACUGCAGUGUUGUUAAUCACUUUUAGUACCUCUUAUCACACAAGAUACCAUUCAAACAUCCAUUUUUACCUAAAAUAUUAAAAUCCCUAAAGUAUAUGUUUGAAAUGUACAGUAUAAACCCAGGGACGUUGCUACAAUUCAAAACGUUGGUCAAAGUUAUGAAAUCGUUCGCAACUUUAACAAUAUCUAAGCUUUGGUCGUGUUUGCGCUGAAACAAUUGCAAGCCUUGCAAUUGUUUUGACCCCCCCUAGUAAAACUAGCAUGUCAACUAACGUUAAUUUCAGGUUGGAAGUGACUUCCGUUGGGCAAAAACAGACCUACUUGAUUAAUCGAACCUGCGGGCCUGCGAUUCCGGUGCACCAUGCUCUAACCAACUGAGCUACAGAACCCAGUUGGUGAGCAUUAUCCACAAGUUCAUGUAUAAUUAUAUGGAUUUUCUGGUGUGCGGGUUAUGAUAAGGUGAACUUGAAAGAUUUUUCCUGCACCUCACUUGGUUGAGACAGAAUAUUGGAAAAGAUGGAUGAUCCAAAUGACCUACAGUAGUGUAGUGUUGCAUUUUUUUUGCAACAAAUUUUUGGUUAGGUAUGAAAAGUGUAUACAGUAUACAGUAUAUCGUCAUUUGGAUUAUCCAACUAUGGAUCUGCCCCAAUAUAUGUAUAAGCUGGACUGCUUCUACAUAUAUUGGAUCGAAAAAAACCCAACUUUUCUCUUUCUACAGGUCACAGCUGCACAUACUGAAGUUAGGAAACAUAUUAGGAAAUUACCAUUGGAUGGAAGAAGUAUAGAGAAUUUUGAUGCUCAAGGUUAUUUAGCAGGAGCGAAGUUAAAAGAAGGGCAGGACCCUUACGCAAAUAAUGCUUACAAUCAGAAAGCGAGCGAAGAUGCAUCUUUUAAUCGUGACCCACCAGAUGUCAGACAUUCACAGUAAGUUUUUUCAGAAUUAAAUUCUAGUACGGAAUUUUUGUAAUCUUCAAAAUUGGAUUAUACCUGUUGUAUAGUAAUGCAUGAUAAUGAUGUCCCAUGCGCCACCGAGCGAUUGGUUAUAGCGACAAAAUUCACCAUGAAAAAGUACAUUGACUCGAUCUUUGCCUUAAUUUCCGUACUUCACCUAUGCUGUAUUUAAGUUAGUAGCGACUUAGUGUUGUGUGGAAAUGUCUUGUUCUCUAAAAGUCCCUUCUAUUCUUGAAAAUAAUCCAUCCAUGAAUGCAAGUUAAUGUCUUGGGUCAAUUGGGAUAUAUAAAACGGGAUCCAAGGGCGUACAUUUGAAUUGAUCCAAUUUUAUCCUAGCUUUUCUCAUUGCUUUUUGAUUUUUCCACUAGUUGUAACAAUAUGUAGUUCACAAUAAUUGGUACAUAAUUAUGCUUCAUUUGCGGCUCUGUACCUUAUGGUAGUAGCCCUGGUCAAUCAUAUACAUAUUUUUUAUCAUAUGAACAGAUGCCAGUCAAAAUCAUGGCCAAGUGAUUUACCUACAACAAGUGUUAUAAUAUGUUUUCAUAACGAAGGAAGGGCAGCGUUACUUAGGACUGUUGUCAGGUCAGUGAAAAUGUACAGUUUAACUGUAACUGUUCAUGUAGUAAAUACUGGUCAUUGUAAUGGAACGAAUAAUGGUGGAAAUUAAAUGAGUGAGUGAGUGGAGGUGUGCUAAUCGUUCUUACUUGCAGCUGAGAGCUAAGCUGAAUUGCUGAUUCCAGCUGUACAGACGAAAUUUUGAUCUAGACAAGAAGAACGAAAUCCAUUACCAUAGCUAGAAAGAGCAUCUCAAAAUGAGUAAAAUUAUGCAAGUUUGGUUUCGAAUUGUUGUAAAAUGAGGAAAAUAUAGUCCUGUGAAAUUCGCAAAUUUUGUAUAUAUUUGCAUUAUGCGCGGGAAAAAUAACCAUUUUUGAGCCGAAAGUCAUUAUUUUUGCCGCGCGUAAUCACUAAAUAUAUACAAAAUUUGCAGGGCUAUAUAUUUUUUCAUUUUACAACAUUUCGCAACCAAACUUUGCAGUUCUACUCGUUCUAAGACGCUCUUUCUAGCUGUGGUGUUAGACUUCAAUCGUUCUUCGAUCUUGCCUUGAUCAAAAUGUAGUCUAUCGCUGGAAUCACCCAUUGCGAAGGACACCUCAACCCGAUCGAGUCGAACGCUUCGCCACCUUAUAUGACUGUGAUUGCGGAGCACAGCCACGAUGCGAGGGUCAGUUAGGGCCUAUAAUCCCAAUUAGCCCACCCUGUCAAAAUUCCCUGUAGAGGGAAGUCCGGAGUACUCGGAGAAAACCUCCGACCGCGGACUCUUUUCACACAAGGCCUAACGCCAGACAAAUUUACUGGUCAAUGGGAGAGUGCUGCCACUCAACGGGUUAAAGUGCCUAUGCAAGAAUUUUUUAUGAUUAAAUUGCGAAGUUCAUUUAAAAUCGUAAUGUAACUUUUUCUCAAAAACUUUGUUAUCUUUCCUGUAUAUCAGGAUAUUGGACUUUGUAUGAUGUAUUUUAUAGAAGACUGUUUUUUAGCUUGAUAAGAUUGUCAUUAACUCAAAUGUGCAGACGAAAUGAUAUCUUUCAUUGAUAGUUCUUAAAGUAUAUAACUUUCAAGUCUUUCAAUGUAAGUGGAAUUACCACAUAUUUGGCAAGGAAACGUUUUCUUUCGAAAAACUCAUCAUGCAGUGUAAUGUCAUUUAAAGGUGAUCUACAGUCCGUAUGUAAACAAAGCCUUUGUUUACAUUUUUGUGUCCAAAAUAUUGAGCUUUAUUUGACAACUAUUUAUAUUUUCAAGCUUCUAGAGUAUAAUAAAUGAUCAAGAAACAACAAUCAGGCUUUUCAAGAACUCAAAACAUAGUUAAACUGUUUGUAUCAUAAAAAGUGGGCUCAUUUGUGCACAUGCGCAGAUCGGACUGUAGAUCACCUUUAAGAUUUUAAGUCAACAUUUGCAUAUCAAACAAAGUCGAAAAUCUUGACAUCCAGGAAAGAUAACUAAGUUUUAGAAACUAUGUUAUUUUAUGAUUUUAAACGAACUUUGCAAUUGAAUCAUAAAAUAAUUCUUGCAUGGGCACUUUAAUGAUGAAAACUAAUUUGGCUGUUCAAGUUAACCAUGCAGGCAUGUUUUUCUUUCCAUAUUUAGCGUACUUUUGCAAACACCGGGGCAUUUACUCAAAGAUAUAAUUUUAGUUGACGAUGACAGUAAAAAUCGUGAGUAUUGAACCAAAUGUCAAGAGAAAAAUUGUGUCAUUUCAGUUAGGGUAUAAGAUAGGCGAAAAAAGGUUAAACUAUGUUUUCUCAAAUUUUCAGCUGACGAUGGAAAGCUCUUAGAAAAACUUCCUAAAGUAAAAACGAUACGAAAUAACGGCAGAGAAGGUAUCAUGUAAUUGACUUAUUGACUGUAACCAAGGGAAACAGUAGAGAGGCUCAGAUUUUGCUUCCACUUUACUGCUAUCACUACAAUACCUCUCACUGGCUUAGUGCAAAAAAGCUGCGGGUAUGCAGGUAGCACCUGUGAAGAAGGUUUAUCAUACUGUAUGUGAGGUCACUGAGGACGGUUUAAUAUGGAACACUCUACUCAACACUAACAUCAUAAAACAAAUGAAUGAUACUUGUGUGCUGGUAGUUUUGUAGUAUGACAUUUCAUAACAGCAUCUUUCUUGGCAGGGGUGGAAAAAAUACGCGCGCACUGCUCGCAGGAAAUGUUGCAGUUGAUUUCACGAUACUUUGGCCACGCCAGUUGCGAGGUUGGUUGGGAAUUUGGGAACUAUAAACACGAGAUCAUCAAGUUGAUUGGAAACCGGCCAAUCAAAUUCGAAAGUUUCGCAUCAAAUUAUCGAAAUUCGUUAUGAAAUUCCGAACCAAGUUCGCAAGCAAGUUCGCAAAUUGCAAACGAUUUUGGCGGUAAAUUUUAAGAAUUAAACUUAUUGUAUUAAACUUAUUAUAAUUUUAAACCUGAAAUUAUUAUUGUUAUGAUAUUAUUUAUUAUUAAAUGAAUAAGUUUAAUACAAUAAGUUUAGUUUUUAAAAUUUACCUCCAAAAUCGUUUGCAAUUUGCGAACUUGCUUCAUAACGAAUUUCAUAACGAAUUUCGAUAAUUUGAUGCGAAACGUCCGAAUUUGAUUGGCCGGUUUCCAAUCAACUUGAUGAUCUCGUGUUUAUAGUUCCCAAAUUCCCAACCAACUUCGCAAUUGGCUUGGCCAAAGUUUCGUGAAAUCAACUGUAAACAGCUGCAGGAAAUUCGUUUGAAUGAAGAUUUACCAUUGAAAAUUUGAAGGAAACCUUAACACCCAUGUCCCACUAUUAUGGGCGCAACAACAUAUCGUUGACAGACAUUAUUCUUUCAAUUUAAAAUGAUGGUCAGCUAGAACCAGUACAUGUUUAUACACAUGCAGAUUUAGCACAAAAAUACUCCAUUGGUCUGCAAGAAAUUUUUGUCUCCAGGUUAUGCUCCCAGGAAGAAAAUUCUUUUUGCUGCCCUGUUAAUUUCUUGGGAACGGCGUUUCUGUAGCAAAGUAGCCGCCAGCCUGUACUGUUUGUCUGUAUAUGCGAGUAUAAUGCAAUCAACCAGCUGAUCAAUGCUAAAUGCUAGUCAGUUUAGGAAAUAUAAAUAAGAAGCCGAUUUUGAAUACUUAUAUAUUUUGCGAUUCGGGAAAAAGCCAUAAUUUUUAAGGUUUGAAAACUUGGAACUUUGCCUGCAGAAGGUUGAAAACUUUUUGAAACUCUGUAAUCGGAUAUAUCGAACGCAUCUGAUUGGUUAACGGACCUUUAAUGGUAAUAGUAGUGGAAGUCAAACCUGAACCUACUGUAUCCAGUAUGUUGUGUGGACCCGAGAUUCUCAUUGGCAAAUCAGGCUAAUAUCAGUUCCCUACUUCCCAGUGAUUGGCCGAUUGUUUAAAUUGUAGGCUGGUCAUGGUUUUCGGAAAUUACCGAUUACCGAUUAUUCAUGCAACAAUCUACCCGAUAGCGAUUUUGUAAUGACGUCAUAAUGUCAGUCGACCGAAUAUAGGUGACGUCAUUCAUUUCGAUUAUGUAACGAUAAUUUCCAACGAAACAUGCUACUGUACGUUGUUAAAACCGUUCGUAAAUGGCACGCUUCACGCAUUAAUUUCGUCUCGGCAAGAUAUUGUGUUAAAAUGCAACGUCUAUCAACACGCAAGCCAAUGUAUAUCAUUUUUAAAGUGCGUAUUUUCUCAACAAUCGGAAAUACAGGUAAUUCUACUGAUUCCGAUUGUUUACCGAUAAGGCAAAAGUCGGCCCGAUACCGAUUAUCGGUCAAUUACUGCUAUUUUCGAGGCAUUUAAGUGUAUUUCUCUUGCUAGGUUUGAUCCGCAGUCGAGUGAAGGGAGCAGAUCUUGCCAGAGGGGAUGUACUGACAUUCUUAGAUAGCCAUUGUGAAUGUAAUAAACAUUGGAUCGAACCAUUACUGAUGAGAAUACAGGAGGUACAAUAGCUUUGUCUAUAAGGGCGUAACUUGGGUCUAAUCGUUAGGAGGUGUGGACUCGCUUUGCGCGACAAAAAGGGUGUGGUCAGAAAAGAACAUAAAGAUGUUGGAAAAACUAAAAGGGGUAGCGUCGAAGGUCAUAGUGAACCUGGUCCUGUGGGCCUAGGGACGUUGAAUGCACGAGACCGUAAUGGGGUAUGGGGGCAUGCUGCAACAUAAUAUUGUGAAGUUUAGAGUCUCUGUCAUUUCAUGCACUUUGGGGGACGAUUUUACAUGAUUGUGGUGGUCAGAAAACAACGUAAAUAAGAAAAGCAAAUUUUUAAAAUUGCUCAAAAGAGUUCUGAUUUAUUUCUUUAGAAUCGUAAAAUUUUGGUGUCUCCUAUAAUUGACGUUAUUAAUAUGGAUAAUUUUCAAUACCUGGCUUCAUCACCCGACUUGCGUGGAGGUAGGCUAGAAAAUUAUGCUUAGAAUGUUAGCAUAUAAUUUGAAGUAUUUAACAGAUAAAAGCAAGAUGUUUUUGUUGUUGAUGAUGCUGUAGUUAAAAUCCACAUCAAUUGUUCUAAUCUUUAUUUUUUUGUAUCGUUAAAGGGUUCAGCUGGAAUAUGAAUUUUAAAUGGGAUUAUCUUCCUCAACAUGUCUUGGCUGGAAGACAAAAUGCUCCAAUCUCACCAAUUAAGUAAGACACUCUAAUUAUAUCUCUAUAUAACAGACUGGCUAUAAUUUGUAUGGGUAAUUAUGUCAUGGCGAUUGGUGAGUACAAUGAAGAAUUAACAGUACACGAGUCAUGAGUAAAAUGUUUUACCAAAAAAACCUGGGUACGUUAAAUAUUUUGUAUCUUAUAAGCACAAUAACACCCAACCUCGUACCCAGUCUCUUUUUAUGACCCAUUGAAAUAGUGGACUAAAGUAAACUAUUUGGUCUUUGAUCUUAAAGCAUAUGGUCAUUUACUUCGCUCAAACGCCGAGAUUGCCCGAAAUUUGGGCACAUUUUGUACCAAAUUGGCUGGAGCUGCUUCUUAAAAUCUGACCUUUGAAAUUUGUUGUUUUGCAGCUCAAUUUUAUCUUUCGUGAUGUAUUGUGAGUGCGCAAUGAACUAAUGUGUAGGCCCACAGAUCGGACUUUUAAUUCAUUGAAACAAGCAUGUAAACAAGACACGCGCCUGGGCAGAACGUACUUGACUGCCACUCCAUUCAUUUCCAAACAUAAUCAGAAUUUCAUUUGAUGAAGUUCGUGAAAUUCUGAAAAGAAAAAAAAACAAAUUCACACUAGUUACUGUACCAUUGAACUACCAAUUUGAAUUUUUUUUUAAUAUAUGCGAUAUUUUCUCCACAGGACGCCUGUCAUAGCUGGUGGUUUGUUUUCAAUUUCAAAACUUUGGUUUAAUGAAUUAGGAAGAUAUGAUCCGGAUAUGGAUGUAUGGGGAGGAGAAAACUUAGGUUGGUUAAAUAUUAAUGGUGUACUGUAUGUGUUAUUUUUGGGAGAAGUACUGUACACAGGGCCGUUGGAAGCUGGAGGAGGCGGGGGGGGGGGAUUGUAUGAGGAUUGUAUUUCUUCCAUGAGGAUUGUAUUUCUUUUCAUACUUUAUUUCUUUCUUACACAGGCAAUUACAAUCAACUUAUCCGUACAGUAAAAGUUCGUUGUUAUAUUGAAAAUGUGUAUACAGCUAAUUCAAAAAAAGAUUGUCCUGAACCUUAAACUCUAAACAUUAAACCUUAAACUCUAAGCGUGUAAAGCAUAAUCGGAGCAUCAUUUAACCAGUUUAGAAAUCAUAUAUGCAUGGGGCCCAUUUCUUACAGAAAUGGUAAAUAUCUCCUUAUGAGAACACUUCAUUCACAAAAGCUGCAAUAUUCGACUAUUAAGCUUGAAACCCGUGUUCCGACUAAGCUUUGCACGCUUAGAGUUUAAGGUUUAGAGUUUAAGGUUUGCAAAGGACAACCUUUUUUGAAUUAGCUGUAUAUCAGUAGGAACAAAACCAAUUCAUUCAUGCUUGUGAUUUCAUACCGAGCAAAUGUUGUUUGAAAACAGCGGGGAUGAAUUACUAACAACAUGUAUUUAACUCAAUUUGUUGUCCAUUCUUUUGCAGAAAUAUCUUUCCGUGUAUGGUUAUGUGGUGGCGAGAUGGAGAUCAUGCCUUGCUCAAGAGUCGGUCAUGUUUUCCGAAAUAGACAUCCUUACGACUUUCCUGGUGGAAGCAUGAAUGUCUUUCAAAAG